GAGGCUCACGACAACCUUCCACGUUCGUUGUCCCGCGGUACUUUGAUUGUCAUUGUGCGGGGUUGUGGGUGUGAGAUCACACUCGGCUUGACGAGGCAGGAUGGCUGUAGCAUCGUUGCUUCGUCCUGUAAUUGGUGUCUACAGGGAGAAAGGGAAAGGAUAGCAAGAUCCGAGACCAGCAUUCGACCACCAUCAUGCCUCCCCAGACCAUGCGUGCGGUGGUCUUGAAGGGUGACUACAAGGUCGCUGUCGAAGAUCGGCCUUACCCAAAGAUCCAAAAGCCCACGGACGCUGUUCUCAAGGUCACCAGCACCGCUUUGUGUGGCAGCGACCUGCAUCCGUACCGAGGCCACCUCAAGUGUCCGCCCGACUUCAUCCUUGGGCACGAGUUUGUUGGAGAGAUUGUGGAGAAGGGAGAUGAUGUGAAGAAGUUCAAUAUCGGCGACAAGGUUGUUGUGCCGUUCUACACAGCUUGUGGAGAAUGCUUCUACUGCGUUCGAGGCCAAGCAUCCCGGUGUAGCAAAGGCGAGCUUUUCGGCAACUCGGUGCCUGCGAAUACGAUCGAUGGCGGCCAAGCUGAAUAUGUGCGAUGUCCGCUCGCCGACUCCACGUUCGUCUUGACGCCCAAGGACAUUCCCGAGGAGAUGCUCGUGCUCAUGGCAGACAUCUUCCCGACCGGUUACUUCGCAGCGAGCCGUUUCCUGAAGAACUUGACCGACCGAGAUCGCAAGGAGUUCACCGCUGUCUGUAUCGGAUGCGGACCGGUUGGCAUAUGUGCGAUCACAUGCGCUCUCACAAUGGUAGAUACCGUCUACGCCGUCGACAGCGUCCCAGAGCGAUUGGAGCAAGCGGAGAAGCUGGGUGCGAAGACGAUCAAUCUCAAGGACGACGUAGUGGCAAAGAUCAAGGAAGCCACUGGUGGGCGCGGUGCGGAUGUGGUGAUGGAGUGUGUCGGCCACGCUGACGCCUUCAUGCUUGCAUUCGACAUGAUACGGCCGUGGGGCUCCAUAUCGUCCAUCGGCGUGCAUACCGAGCAGAUACCACUGAAUGGUUUGCUGUGCUACGGCAAGAAUGUUACCAUGGCUUUCGGCCGGUGUCCGGUGCGCAGCAUCUUCGAGGACGCCCUCAAGUUGCUAGUGCAGGAGCAGAAGAAGGUUGCGUUCUUGUGCGGGAAGACGAUGCCGCUGGAGGAAGCUCCAAAGGCUUAUGAGGACUUUGAAGCGCGGAAAGUGCACAAGAUCGUCUUCAAGCUUGGCGAAGCCGCGAAGCAGGCGGGUGGCGAGAUCAAGGCGGCAGCGUAGGAGGUUCCUUCCGCGAUCGGCUGUCCUCGAGACUCGGAAUUGAAAGGCUUACCGCUCAUGUGUACGUCAUGUUAUGAAUGCUGUAGGAUUAUGAGCUCGCAACGAUGCUGGUCUCAGCAUGGGUCAUGGCUUGUCUCUCCCGUGCUGAUUAGACCUCUGACCAUAACCCGAUCAAACGCUCCGCACGCACACG